AUGCACACAUUGCUCAUUUAUUUGCAGGAUAAGGAUAAGAAGAAAAAGUGGGAGCCUCCUGUCCCUACACGCGUUGGUAAAAAGAAGAAGAGAGGACCCGAUACCACGGCUAAACUACCUCAAGUCUUUCCUACCACCCGUUGUCGUCUCAAGAUGUUAAAGAUGGAACGUAUCAAAGAUUAUUUGUUACUAGAAGAAGAAUUUGUACAAAAUCAAGAACGCUUAAAGCCUCAAGAAGAACGCGACCAAGAGGAACGUACCCGUGUUGAUGAUUUACGUGGUUCACCUAUGACGGUCGGUUCUUUGGAAGAAAUCAUUGAUGAUGACCAUGUCAUUGUAUCUUCAGCUACAGGCCCUGAAUACUAUGUCUCUGUCAUGAGUUUUGUUGAUAAAGAUUUAUUAGAACCUGGCUGUAGUGUGUUGUUGCACCAUAAGACCAUGUCUGUUGUAGGUGUGUUGGCAGACGAUACAGAUCCUAUGGUCAGCGUCAUGAAACUCGAAAAGGCACCCACAGAAUCCUAUGCAGAUAUUGGUGGUCUUGAACAACAAGUACAAGAAAUCAAAGAAGCAGUCGAACUGCCCUUGACACAUCCUGAACUCUAUGAAGAAAUGGGUAUUAAACCACCCAAGGGUGUGAUCUUGUAUGGUGUGCCUGGUACGGGUAAAACCUUGUUGGCCAAGGCUGUGGCUAACCAGACCAGUGCCACUUUCUUAAGAAUUGUGGGUUCUGAACUGAUUCAGAAAUACUUGGGUGAUGGUCCUAAACUGGUGCGUGAAUUGUUCCGUGUUGCUGAAGAGAAUGCACCUGCUAUUGUGUUUAUUGAUGAAAUUGACGCUGUUGGUACAAAGCGUUAUGAUUCCACUUCAGGUGGUGAGCGUGAAAUUCAGCGUACCAUGUUGGAAUUGUUAAAUCAACUGGAUGGUUUUGAUUCAAGAGGCGAUGUCAAAGUCAUUAUGGCCACCAACAAGAUUGAUAGUUUAGAUCCUGCCUUGAUUCGUCCUGGUCGUAUUGACAGAAAGAUUGAAUUUCCUUUACCUGAUGUCAAGACAAAGCGUAGAAUCUUCAAUAUUCAUACCUCAAGGAUGACUUUGGCUGAUGAUGUUGAUUUGGAAGAAUUUGUGAUGUCCAAGGAUGAUUUAUCGGGUGCUGAUAUUAAGGCUAUUUGUACAGAAGCUGGUCUGAUGGCCUUGCGUGAACGUCGUAUGAAGGUAGUGGCUGAUGAUUUCCGUAAAGCAAAGGAGAAGGUCUUGUAUAGAAAGAGUGAAGGCACACCUGAAGGUCUUUAUCUUUAA